CGCAGCCGCCGCUUGCGCUCCGCGCCCCGCGCUGCCGGGAACCGCCCGAACGAGCCACGCGCGGCGGAGCCGCGCCGCCCGCCGCCGCCGCCAUGUCCGGCGGGGAUUCCACGGCCGCGGCCGCCGCCGCUUCCCCGCAGCCGCUGCCGUUCUCGCUGCCGAAGCCGCCGCCCCUCAUGCAGCUGACGCCCGGCGACGCCGUGCGGCCGGUGGGCUCGGGCGCCGACCAAUCGCCGAAGAGCGCGCGGCUGGCGGCGCGCCCUGAUUGGCCGGCGGGGAAGCCCGUCAGCCUGCUGGCGCCGCUGCUCCCGCCCCGCGGGGAGCCCGAGCCGCUGCUGCCCUUCGGGCCCGCGGCGCCGCGGCCGCCGCUGCGCGGGCGGCUCCUGGGCCGCUGCGGGGGCUCCCUGCUCAGCCCCGCCAUGCGGCCCGGCGCCGUGGACCGCGGCUCUCUCAUGAUGGGACACCCAGGAAUGCCCCACUACCCCCCCAUGGGGAUGCACCCCAUGGGGCAGAGACCCCCCAACAUGCCCCCAGUGCCCCACGGGAUGAUGCCCCAGAUGAUGCCCCCCAUGGGAGGACCCCCAAUGGGGCAGAUGCCCGGAAUGAUGCAGUCCGUGCUGCCCGGAAUGAUGAUGUCCCACAUGUCGCAGGCCGCCCUGCAGCCCACGGUGCCGCCAGGAGUGAACAGCAUGGACACCCAAGUAGGUGUGACCCCUCCUGGAACUCAGACAAGCCACGCUGUGGUGUCCACAGUGCAGCAGAGCUCCAGCAGCAGCAGCUCUGGCAGUGAGGAGCUCUGCAGGCAGAAGUGCACGUGGACAGAGCACAAAUCCCCCGAUGGCAGAACUUACUACUACAACACUGAGAGCAAGCAGUCCACGUGGGAGAAACCAGAUGACCUCAAAACUCCUGCUGAGCAAUUGUUAUCCAAGUGUCCCUGGAAGGAAUAUAAAUCAGAUUCUGGGAAACCUUAUUAUUACAAUUCCCAAACCAAGGAAUCCCGCUGGGCAAAACCCAAAGAGCUGGAGGAUCUUGAAGCAAUGAUUAAAGCUGAAGAAAACAGCGCGAAGCCGGACGACGCCGCCGCGGCCGCCUCGGCUCCGGCCGCGGCCUCCGACACGGCGAGCGGGGCCGGAGCGGCGCCGGGCACCGAGAGCUCCGCGGGCGCCGCCGCCGCGGGAGCCGCUCCCGAGGGGGAUCCCGCCGCUCCCGCCGCCGCUCCCGCCGCCGCCGGGGACGCGGAGAGCGCCGGCGCGGCCGAGGAGCAGGGCCAGCCCGGCGCCGCUCCCGGCGCGCAGGACGGCAACGGCGACGUCGGAACGGCCGGAGCCGACGAGACGGCCAAGCAGGAGGGGGCAGCGGAUGCUGCUGCAAAGAAGGAGGAUGAGGAUGCUCAGCCAGUGAAAAAAACCUACACGUGGAACACCAAGGAAGAGGCCAAACAAGCAUUUAAAGAGCUGCUAAAAGAAAAGCGGGUUCCAUCCAAUGCCUCCUGGGAGCAGGCCAUGAAAAUGAUCAUCAAUGACCCCAGAUACAGUGCUUUGGCAAAGCUGAGUGAGAAGAAGCAAGCCUUUAAUGCUUACAAAGUUCAGACAGAGAAGGAGGAGAAGGAAGAAGCCAGAUCCAAGUACAAGGAAGCCAAGGAAUCCUUCCAGCGUUUCCUGGAAAACCAUGAGAAGAUGACAUCCACCACCAGAUACAAAAAAGCUGAGCAGAUGUUUGGGGAGAUGGACGUGUGGAACGCCAUUUCCGAGCGGGACCGCCUGGAGAUCUACGAGGAUGUGCUGUUUUUCCUGGCCAAGAAGGAGAAGGAACAAGCCAAGCAGCUGAGGAAGAGGAACUGGGAAGCUCUGAAGAACAUCCUGGACAACAUGGCCAACGUCACCUACUGCACCACGUGGUCGGAGGCACAGCAGUACCUGAUGGACAACCCCACCUUUGCUGAGGAUGAGGAGCUCCAGAACAUGGAUAAGGAGGACGCCCUGAUCUGCUUUGAGGAGCACAUCAGAGCCCUGGAGAAAGAGGAGGAGGAGGAGAAGCAGAAGAGUUUGCUGAGGGAGAGGAGGAGGCAGAGGAAGAACAGGGAAUCCUUCCAGCUGUUCCUGGACGAGCUGCACGAGCACGGGCAGCUGCACUCCAUGUCCUCCUGGAUGGAAUUGUACCCAGCCAUCAGCUCCGACAUCAGGUUCACCAGCAUGCUGGGCCAGCCAGGAUCCACGGCGCUCGACCUGUUCAAGUUCUACGUGGAGGAUUUGAAAGCUCGUUACCACGAUGAGAAGAAGAUAAUUAAAGAUAUCCUAAAGGAUAAAGGAUUUGUGGUGGAGGUGAACACGUCCUUUGAGGAUUUCGUCACCGUCAUCAGCUCCACGAAAAGAGCCACCACCUUGGAUGCAGGGAACAUCAAACUGGCUUUCAACAGUCUGCUGGAGAAGGCGGAGGCGCGCGAGCGGGAGCGGGAGAAGGAGGAGGCGCGGAAGAUGAAGCGGAAGGAGUCGGCGUUCAAGAGCAUGCUGCGGCAGGCCACGCCCGCCAUCGAGCUCGACGCCGUCUGGGAGGAUAUCAGGGACAGAUUUGUGAAGGAACCAGCCUUUGAAGACAUCACCCUGGAAUCUGAAAGGAAAAGAAUAUUUAAGGAUUUCCUCCAUGUACUUGAGCACGAGUGUCAGCACCACCACUCCAAAACCAAGAAACAUUCGAAGAAAUCCAAAAAACAUCACCGGAAGCGCUCCCGUUCCCGCUCCGGCUCAGAGUCCGAGGAUGACGACAGCCACUCCAAGAAGAAGCGGCAGCGCUCGGAAUCGCGGUCGGUGUCGGAGCGUUCUUCCAGCGCCGAGUCCGAGAGGAGUUACAAGAAAUCCAAAAAGCACAAGAAGAAGAGCAAGAAGAGGAGGCACAAAUCUGAUUCCCCGGAAUCCGACGUGGAACGAGAGAAGGAGAAGAAGGAAAGAGAGAGGGACAGUGAGAAGGAAAGAGCCAGACAGAGAUCAGAGUCCAAGCAUAAAUCCCCCACCAAGAAACGGCCUGGAAAAGAUUCCGGAAACUGGGACACGUCUGGCAGCGAGCUCAGCGAGGGGGAGCUGGAGAAGCAGAGGAGAACUCUCCUGGAGCAGCUGGAUGAGGAUCAGUGAGGAGAUCCUCCAUCCCAAAAGCGUUUGCAGGUGGCACCGUGGAACCGAGCCUUGCGUGGGCGAGGCCCGGGGGCCGCAGCAACGGUGGCUUUUAGUUUUGUACCGCUUCAAUCCAGUCAAAAGUAGAAAAACCCGUGGAAUUCUGAGGGCAAAGCUGUGCCUGGCCUGGAGCUGCGGGGUGGGAUCCCCUGGAGGGGACACGGAGCUGGCAGCAGUGUCCCCAAGCACUUUCCCAGUGUCCUUCCCAAGGCGGGGAAUAACCCUGGGCUGCCUGGGCAGAGCCCGGUUCACCUUCAGGAAAAACAAAAGAAAAAAAAAAAAAUUCCUAAUUUAAUUCCUCGUGCUUUCGUUCACUGAUGGAUUUUUGCUCGGGUGGGAUAUAUUUUUUGGGAAGGCAGCAGGAGUAAGGAAUCCACAUCCCGACGUUCUGCAAAGCCCUGGAUCUCGGGGUUGUUCGGCACCGGAGCUUUUGUCCGAGACCGAUCCGCGUCCGAAGCGCGGCUCCCAUCAAUCCCGAAUCGCUGGGAAUGGGAAGGGUGGGAAUUCUGCCGCCGUGCCAGCAGAGGGAGCGCUCGGGACACAACGGCCUCGGCAUUCCCGAAAUCCCAGCCCUGCCCCAGCCCCGGCUCUUACUCCAGCCUUUCUCUCCACCUUUUCUCUUCCCCUUCCGGAAAUUCAGGAAUAAAAAUCCAAUGUCAAACGCAAUUCCCUGUGUUGCCUUAAGCCCCCGCUGCAGAAUGUACCUGCCCAGCCCGGAGGAGGAAGCAGCUCCAGCCCCGUUUUUCCAGCUCGGUGAGGAAAUUUGGGAAGCCGCUGUCCCUGGAAUAUUUUUGUACAUUUUUAUCAAUGAUUAAACCUUGUCUUUUAGCACGUACUGGUUUUCAUUUCUCCUUAAAUUCAUUUCUGUACAGCUCUGAGCCACAGAGUCACUCACAGAACCUGCUUGAGGACUCCUUGGAUUUCCUUUUUGGGAAUUGGUUUUUUUUUUUUCCUGAAUUUUCACCACUUUUACCAAUGCAUCAACACCCACAGGAUCCAUUUAUCCAGGGAAUUUCCUGGCUGGAGUGGAUACAAGGCUCAGAAUCCUUAAGAACAUCCUAAGAUUGAAAUGAGUUCUUGGAAAUAUAAAAUACAAGAGGUUGUAACCAUUUUUUUCCUGGGAUGCUUUGGGAUUGUUUUCCUGAGAUGCUUUAGGAUUUUUUCCCAGGACACUUUGGGAUUUUUUUUUUUUUUUCCUAGGAUGCUUUGGGUUUGUUUUCCUGGGAUGCUUUAGGAUUUUUUCCCAGGACACUUCGGGAUUUUUCCCUGGGAUGCUUUGGGAUUUUUUCCCGAGAUGCUUUAGGAAUUCUUUCCUGGGAUGAUGUAGGACUUUUUUUUUUCCUGGGACGCUUUGGAAUUUUUCCUGGGGUGCUUUGGGAUUUUUCCUGGGAUGCUUUAGGAUGGGAAAGCAUAUUCCAAAUCCUGCUAUUUCCUGCUGAAGGAUCAUUGCUCAGCACUCAUUACCUGGGAGAAAAACCCCUGGAUUUGGUCAAACGGGGCUUGUGUGGAUUUUUUGGUAUCCAUGGGGUGUUUGGUGUGGAAAUGCAGCUUGGAAGCAGUGGCAGGGAGGAAAUUCCAGGUUUUUCCCAGCAGCAAGUGGCUCUCCCAAGGAAAGAUGGGAGAAUUGCUGCUCUGGGACUGAACAAUCAGCCAGGUUUGCUUUGCUCAGCUGCC